AUGAAGCUAGUUUAUUGGAAUAUUCGCGGUAUUGGUAAUUCCGAUACACGUACGGAGCUUUCUAAUGUUUGCCACUCUCAUCAUCCUGACUUGGUUUGCAUCUCUGAACCUAUGGUUACUUUUGAUUCUAUUCCUUCUGCUUAUUGGAAUUCAUUAGGUCUCUCUUUACUUACUAUCAAUAACAGGGAUGAUUUAUUGCCUAAUAUUUGGGUUUUGUACUCUACGGACUAUUGUUCUCCUACUGUGAUUUCUUCUUCAGGGCAACAAGUUACUUUUCAGACUUCUUUUGAGGGUGUUCUUUCUCAGUUUACUAUUGUUUAUGCGGCUACUACCUCGACACUUCGUCGUGUUUUAUGGUGUGACCUCUUAAAUAUCCGUUCUAAUACUACAAUGCCGUGGAUGGCAAUUGGUGACUUUAAUGCUAUCCUUGGAGCGCAUGAGCAAAUGGGUGGUCACUUGCCUGCUCGAACUUCAUGUGAGGACUUUCGCAGUACUACUGAGCUUUGUGACUUUACUCAUAUGGAUACUACUGGUGCUUUUUACACUUGGACUAAUGGUUGGAAUGUCCGUGGUUAUAUGGAGAGGCGUCUUGACCGCUCUCUUUGUGACACACGUUGGUUACAUUCUUGGCCUUAUACUAGUUGUUGUGCUUUACCCAGGGUCGUUUCUGAUCAUAAUUGUCUAGUUUUCUCGGCUUCUGCUAUUCGUCUUGGAGGUCCGCGACCUUUUCGGUUUCAGUCCAUGUGGACUUUACAUUCAGAAUUUUCUGGUUUGGUUGCUAAGUGUUGGCAAUCAACUGUUGUCUAUGGGUGUCCCAUGUUUGUUAUGUUGGAAAAGCUUAAGGCCCUUAAGCGCUGUCUUCGAGUUUGGAACUCUACUGUUUUUGGCGAUGUCCAUAGAAAUGUCACUUUUGCUAAAGAAAGACUUCAGAAUAUCCAAAAUAGUAUUUCUUCUGAUGGGAAUUCGCAAGAGAAGUUUAAUGAGGAAGUUGUGGCUAAGACGGCUGUCCUCGAUGCUCUUCAGAUGCAAGAAGCUUUUUGGCAUGACCGUGCUCGAGUUAAAUGGCUCACUGAGGGUGAUCGUAAUACCGCUUUUUUCCAUGCUUAUGCUCGAGGUAGGCAUUCUUCCUCCAGGAUUGUAAAUCUUUUAGAUGGUGAAAAUGUACUCUCUUCACAUACUGCUAUUGUUGAUCAUGUGGUAAACUUUUAUCAGUCUUUAUAUAAUUCUUCGUUCACCCCAACUGGAAUUGAGGAUGUUUGUGGUGUAAUACCACCUAUGGUUAGUGAAGAGGAAAAUCUUUCUCUUUCUUGUUUACCUUCAGCAGAUGAAAUUAGAAGUGUUGUCUUUUCUAUGGAUCCUUCGAGUGCUCCGGGACCUGAUGGUUUUCCUGGUUCCUUUUAUCAGUCAUGCUGGGAUAUUGUUGGUUAG